CUUUAAGGCGCGCGCCUCGGGGAGGACCCCGCGUCAGGAAGUAGACUGAAACCACCAAAGAUUCCCGCAGAUUCCGUAUCUAUUGUCCCGAUGUAACAGCCGCGUUCACGCACGCUUUUGGCACGAGUACGUUUCGUGUGUGUGUUUGAGAGGAUAAUGCUGGAUGGUCGCGCUCAUGAAGUUCACCAGGGAUUUGUGCAGGCUGCUGGGACUCGGGAGCGGCACCCCGGUCCAGCAGCAGGAGGAGCAGAUGGACUGUGGUGCCGCCAAUCUUGACCCGAGUGAUGAUGCCACUUCACAGGAUGCGUUGAAUGGAGAGGAGGACUUGAGUGAAGAGGAGAAGGUCCGACGAAGGGCAGAGCGACGCAAAGCCAAGAGGAAGCGCCGUCGAAAACGUAAGAAGCAGGAGCAGGUUAAGCAAAACGACAGCGGCGAACGGGAUGAGGAAGAGGAGGAUGCGGGUGGAGAGUCUGAGCUGGAUGAGAGCGAGUCCGAAGCGGAAGUUGGUGCUGAAGAGCAGCAGAAAGGGGAGAAAAAGGAGGCAACCGCCUCACGCACCUGCGUCGCCGCUCCACCAGUCAUGGCUCCCGAGGGCCUCAGAGGUCAUCAGAAAGGCCAAACCAGAUCCGCCGAAGAGGAGCCAGAGUGGGAUGUGAGCAGCGCCUUCUUUGCUAAUGCUGCUAGCCAUAUCAAACCCAAAGGAUCCGGUCGCAAGUCCAAAGAAAACAAGGAGAACGAGGCCAAGAGAGAGACUAAUGGAACUGACACCAUGACCAAGAAAAGCGCCUCACUGACAGAAAAGGGUAUAAAGCUGGUGCAAGAAGGGCAGUACGCACAAGCUGCCUGUAUGUUUACAGAAGCCAUCAAAUAUGAUCCAAAGGAUUACAGGUUCUUUGGGAAUCGUUCCUAUUGCUAUUACUGUUUGGAGCAGUACCCUCAGGCCCUGGCAGAUGCCGAGCGCUCCAUUCAGAUGGCCCCAGACUGGCCCAAAGGACACUUUCGCAAGGGCAGCUCUCUCAUGGGCAUGAAGCGGUACAGUGAGGCAGAGAAGGCCAUGGAGCAGGUGCUAAAACUUGACCCAGACUGUGAGGAGGCUGUCAAUGACCUGUUCGACUGCAAAGCGCUGCAGUUAAUGGAGCUUGGUUUUGAAGAAGUGCAGAGUGUCUCGCUGCUGGAGAAGUAUUCCACUGUGCAGGCUGUUCUGACAGCUUGUUCCGACGCUGCCAGGGCUGGAAGCCAGGAUCCGUCAGCUGUGCAACCCGGAAGUCCUUGCCCAUCGCUCUGGGUGGGAAACGUGACAACUGAGUUAACUGAGAAACACCUUUUGGACCUUUUUAAAAUGUAUGGCGAGAUAGAGAGUGUCCGCGUUCUGCACGAGCGAUUUUGUGCCUUCAUCAACUUCAAGGACGCAAACAUGGCUGCUCAUGCCAUGGAGCGACUAAACGGUUAUUGUAUUGAAAACACGCGUCUGGUGGUGCGCUACCCGGACCGCCGCCCGCAGAGGGUCCUCCCCUUCCCGCUCAGGACCUGUCUGCCCGUCACGCAGCAGGCAGGGGCAGCCGCCGGACCCCGACAAUGCGGCCCGGUGAACGGAGACCAGUGUUACUUCUGGAGAACCACCGGCUGCCACUUUGGGGACAAAUGUCGAUACAAACACAUUCCCGAUCAGAAGGGCAAGGACAGGAAGCCGUGGCAGCCCUGAACUCGGUUUACACUCUGCCUCAGUUGCGUGCUGGCCGAUUUCAUAUUAACCGUUUGCAGGACUGACUGGAAUAGUCCAAAGGGUCAGAGCCAGAUGUGGCUGGCUCUAAGGCAGGGAGGGUCACACAUGUGCCACAAUGGAUUGGAGGGAAAAAGAUGUUUAUUUCUAACUAAAGCCUUUGCUCAACGAGAAUGCUCUGUAGAACAACGUUCGCUGGAGGGCAGCAACAUAAUGAACAGAGGUAUUCUUCGUUUUGAUAACACAUGGUGACCUACACCAGCUUUAGGAGACACAACUUCGCCUUACAGAUGUGCCCCCUAAGGAGGAAAUGCUCAGCCUGCUAUGGGGGGAAAAGUAAGGCAAUAAUUAAAGAGCGCAGUAUGUUGGGUUUUUUUCAGGUUCUCCGGUGAUGAUCCAGUGGGACCUUUCCUUCUUUAGAUAUUCCAUCACAACUCGGUGUUCCUCUCUGUUUAUAUAAAAUAGUAACUCCAACUUCCGGUUUCGGAAGCUGAUUUUUUUUUCUUUUUUGUAACCGUUAUGGUUUUUCCACCCUGAUUGGUCUGCUGCUCGUUUUUCCAUUUGUUGUUCCUGUUUUUGAUAACAGCACAUUGUCCACCAGACCAAAGACUUAAUUACAAACAUGCAUCCCGUUUCACUUUCCCCCCUCUCCCUCCCUCUUUAAGCACAUGAGGUCAUUUUUAGAGAAUAAGCUACACAGACCCAGAUCAAUGCCUUUACGCUGUACUUGUACGUAUGAAGGCAUGAACUGGCCAUACGUUUCCCUUUUGAUCUAUUGGCUGCCCCCUCAGUUGGAAUUUUGCAUAGAAACGCUGCAUGCCUGUUAUGGAGGACGUCUUCACGGCCCUACUUGCACAGCAUGGAGGUCGUAAUGGAAACAUCUGACCUGCUUUAUUGCCAUGCAAGGCAAUAACACCUAACUACUUAAUGCCUAAACCAGUUCAUUCUACAGGACUAAAAAAAUAAUAUUCAGCCAUGUGCCGACAGACAUUCACGUGGCCAUGUGAAACAGUAUUUUUAACUUUUAGGACCUCCAUUUCAGUAUUUCAGUAUACCAAAGAAUGCUUCAUCUGCUGACUCUGCAUUAAAAACCGCCUUGUUUCUUAAGAAGUUUCAACACUAGGUAGUUAAUUUAACCCCAUUGGCAUCUGCCUGUAUCGUCCACUAGACUGAGCAGCAGCACCUGGUUACGAUCCUCACUACAUUCACCAGUAAACUAUGCAGAGUAGAUGAAAGUAUUUAUUUCCUUUUUUAUUGCUACUUUUUUCCAUUUCGUUUUCACAACAGAACUUAAGAGCUGAAAAUAGUUUUUAAUUCUCUGGCCUUUUGGGGUUUCGCUAAACCUCUUCGUCUGUUUCUUUCUGGCUGAAAGAGCACUGCAUUAAGAGCCAUUUGGUGCAAGCACUUUCACAUGCUGCACUCUCGCUUUUCUCGUGUUGGCUUUCUGUCUUGUGGCAAAAACUUGUGAAAGUAUUAUGGACACCAAACUUUGAGGACUGCACUUGUUGAACUUGCUUGUUUCUGUCUUGAUCGUUUAUGGCAGUGCGUUUCUUAGCAGACUACUAAAAUGCAUUGGAUGUUACCAUAGCCACAUUUCAUUUACUUAUGAAUAUCUCCGAUUUGGACAAAAGAAAUCUCUGGGUUUUAUUUGAACUAUUUGGGCCGUUGUUUUUACAUGUUUCUACCUUGUUGGAAAAGGCAUUUUUAAAUAUGAUAACCACAGCACUGCAAACCUGCUUUCAAACAUUUUGUAUUAUUGUUACUGCACUGCAAAGAGUAUUUUAUAUUUAAUAAAUGUAUUUGAAACCACCUA